GAGGGAAUAGGCUUCGGUUAGUUUAUAGGCUCCGGAGAGUGUCUGUGUCGUUGUGUGUGAGAAAGAAAAAAAGUUGUCCCUUUCUUUCUGUCUCUGAGAUCUGAGGGAAACCAAAAGAUAGAGUUUCAGCUGAGAAAGGUGAGGUCUUUGCGUGAUGGAACCUGAUUGCCCAAAUUCUGUGAAAUGAAGGGGUUGUUGUGAUUGAGUAACCCAGAAGAAAACCAAUUGGGGAAAUUCAAAGCCUUUGAAUGGGAAAAAACAUGAUGCAGUUCGGAAACUGAGUGUGCAAUCAAACUGCUCCCAGGCGUUAAAGUUUCUGUCUUUCUUCUGUGGGGUUGGAAGAUUCGACCCCUGAAACUGUGGAAGCAAGCAACCCAACUUUCUACGACACAUUUUCACUCUCUUUCUUUUUCUGCGCAUAACAAAUAACCGAAAGCAUUCACUGACAUAGAGAGAGAGAGAGAGAGAGAGAGAGAGAGUCAUCAGCAUCAUCACUGUUUAAUCGCUUUGCUUAGUGCUGCUACAACAAUGAAGGAAGGUGAAAAGAGCUUGGAUCCUCAACUAUGGCACGCAUGUGCGGGUAGCAUGGUUCAGAUGCCUCUUGUGAACUCUAAAGUGUUCUACUUUCCACAAGGCCAUGCUGAACACGCACACUGCAACGUUGAUUUCGGAGCUUCCUUGAGGAUUCCACCAUUCAUUCUCUGCCGCGUGGCAGCUGUGAAAUUCUUAGCUGACCCAGAAACCGACGAAGUCUUUGCAAGGAUAAGGUUGGUUCCUCUGAGGAAUUCAGAGCUUGAUUAUGAAGAUGGUGAUGCCCUUGAUGGUAAUGCUUCACAGGGUUCUGAAAAGCCCGCGUCUUUUGCCAAGACGCUGACUCAAUCUGAUGCCAACAAUGGUGGGGGUUUCUCUGUUCCAAGGUACUGUGCUGAAACCAUUUUUCCUCGGCUUGAUUACUCGGCGGAACCACCGGUUCAGACGGUGAUCGCGAAGGAUGUUCACGGUGAGGUUUGGAAGUUCAGGCAUAUUUAUAGGGGCACGCCACGGCGACACUUGCUAACAACCGGAUGGAGCAGUUUCGUGAACCAGAAGAAACUGGUUGCAGGGGAUUCCAUUGUUUUUCUGAGGGCUGAAAAUGGUGAUCUUUGUGUUGGGAUUCGGAGGGCUAAGAGGGGGAUUGUCGGUGGGUCGGAGGGGCCAUCUGGGUGGAGCUCUGGUGGUGGAAGUUGUGGGCUUGGGCCUUAUGGGGCCUUCUCUGCUUUUCUGAGGGAGGAGAGCAAGGUUUUGAGGAAUGGUUGUGGGAACUCGGGUUUGAGUCCCGGUGGUGGUGGUGGUGGUGUGAGUGGAAGGGCUAAAGUGAGUGCUGAGUCCGUGAGGGAGGCUGUGACAUUGGCUGCUACAAAUCAGGCAUUUGAAGUUGUUUAUUAUCCGAGAGCAAGUACUCCUGAGUUUUGCAUUAGGACUUCGGCUGUGAGGGCUGCUAUGAGGAUUCAGUGGUGUUCUGGGAUGAGGUUUAAGAUGCCUUUUGAAACCGAGGAUUCUUCUAGGAUAAGCUGGUUCAUGGGGACCAUAGCUUCUGUUCAGGUUGUUGAUCCUGUCCGUUGGCCUAAUUCCCCUUGGCGACUUCUUCAGGUUACUUGGGAUGAGCCAGAUUUGCUACAUAAUGUGAAGCGCGUAAGCCCAUGGUUGGUUGAGUUGGUAUCAAACGUGCCAAUCAUCCAUCUUACACCCUUCUCUCCACCAAGAAAGAAGCUUAGGUUUCCACAACAUCCAGACUUUCCCCUCGAUGUUCAGUUUCCGAUACCAACAUUUUCGGGCAACCCCGUUGGGUCUAGCACUAGCAGCCCCUUGUGUUGUCUUUCUGAUAAUGCUCCUGCAGGCAUACAGGGAGCCAGGCAUGCACAAAUUGGAAUAUCUUUGUCAGAUCUUCACCUUAACAAUAAACUGCAGUUGGGGUUGCUUCCAACUAAUGUCCACCACCUUGAUUUACACACUGGGAUUUCUAAUGGCAACACCACCAACCAUGAUAAGAGUAAAGAAAGUUUAUCAUGCUUGCUAACCAUGGGAAAUUCACACAAGAAUUUGGAAAAAUCUGAUAAUGCAAAGAGACACCAAUUUUGGCUUUUUGGUCAGCCAAUACUCACCGAGCAACAAAUUUUUAGAAGCUCUUCUAGUGAUAUGUCGUCUCAAAAUUGCACUGGGAAAAAUUCACCUUGUGAUGAGAGCAAGGACAAGAAAAACGGGUUCUUUAGUGACUCCCAAUCUUCAAUUUCACCUUCUACUGCUGAGUUUUCUUGGCAACUUGGUUUGGACAAUGGUCAUUGCAAGGUUUUCAUGGAGUCAGAAGACGUGGGACGGACCCUAGACCUGUCACGGCUUGGUUCUUAUGAAGAAUUGUACAUGAGACUGGCCAAAAUGUUUGGAAUAGAAAGGUCUGAGAUGUUGAGCCACGUACUCUACCGCGACGCAACAGGUGCUAUUAAGCAAACUGGAGAAGAACCCUUCAGUGAAUUCAUGAAGACAGCAAAAAGAUUGACAAUUCUGAUGGAUUCAGGCAACAAAGAUAACAGAAGGGUGUGGAUUACAGGAACACGGAAUGCUGAACGUGGAUUGGAUGCAUCAAAUAAGGCGGGUCCUCUGAGCAUAUUUGCAUAACAUGGUGACUUUUUAAGAUCUUAGAAGUUGAAGGACAUAGUUAUUUCUCUUUUGUUAGGGAGGUAGGAUAUGAACUGAAAAACUCUGUUUUCUCCAAGUGUAGAAAAUAAUGAUUAUUCCUGUAAAAUGGGCAAUUGUUAUUCUAAAUAUUAAUCAAGAUUUGGUUAC